AUGAUGAUUCAUUUGGAUCCACAACAUGCGCGAAUUUCUGGAAUGCCACCCACAGUUCCUACAAACAAACUCCCGGAUGAGCCAUCUCGUUUACCACCAGUGGUCAUAAAUCCAGCUGAAGUUGAAACUAUAAAUAUCCAGUUGGAAAAGAACCAACAGUGUUGCUGUCAAGGUUGUGGUAAAAUAUUUAAUUCGGUAUGGUAUUUGAAGCAACAUGCUGUAAAACAUUCCAACGAGCGGCCUUUUCGGUGCCAAUAUUGUAAAAAGACGUACAAAUUUCGGUCGAAUCUGUAUCAACACAAAUGUCCGGAUCGGAUAAAAAAUGAGAAUACGACUAGACCUUACAUAAAUCACUCAGUCAUGUUUAAUGGCAAUUUGGCCAGAAUGAUACCAAAUACAACUCGAAAUAUAAGGACAUUUGGGCCUUACGAUAAUAUCGGUGAACAACCAACAAGCUCAGAAUAUAGCGAAAAUAUGAAGGAACGAUCGGUAGAGGAUAGAACAUUGCCAGUGGCCCCACUCUCUGAACCAAAAAAAUUGUUUACUUUGCCUCGUAGAAAACCACUCAAUGAAGCUGCUAUAGAACGCUUUCUGGAACGCUAUAAGCAUAAGCUUUCUCAAUGUCGCAAAUGUCGUCAACAGUUCCCAUCACAAGAAUAUCUCAAUCGUCAUAUGGCUUACCAUAUGGAAGAGGAAUUAUUGGCUCAUAAAUGCGAUUUUUGUCCACAACGUUUCUCAACUGAGAAAAAUCUAAGACUGCAUAAUCAACUGCAUACGUCUGAUGCAACUAUACGUUGCACUCGAUGCUCAGCAUGUUUCUCGUCUUGUUUGGCACUAAGAAGACAUAAAGAUGGUUGUCGUGGAUGUCGAACUCUCCCAUUUGGCGUUUCAGUUGAUGAUAAAGAAAGUGCUUCCUCAGCUAUUGAUGAAUACGCAUUUAUUGAUGCGAAUGAAAUUGCGGACAACCCAUCGCCGAUGAUGAAUGAGGAAGAAAAUAUCGGAAAUGGUGAUCCUGAUUCAGGCCUUGGCUCUGUUACUUCUAAUCAUGCAUUUUCCAUAAUAACAAACGAUGGAAGUGAAAGCUCUGAAAGUGAACCGAAAACUGAUGUAACGAAAGGCGAACGAAGAACUGAUGAAGUUUGCGAAAAUAGCCUUGGCAAAUCACUUCAUAACGACGAUGAUACUAAGAGGCGUACAAGUAUGAAUUCUCACAUAAUGACAGAGGCUACUCCUUUCUCAUCUGUUGAAUAUGGAUUAAAAACAAAUUAUGAUACACUUUCAAAUGGGGAAUUAUCGCGUUCGAUAUCUUCAUCUAAAGAUGUGAUUGGUAAUUUUUAUGGUCGAUAUACUGGAUUCACCGCCGGCGGAAAUAUCAGCAAUGUGGGUUAG